UCUCCAUCUCAAGAUCGUCGUCAUGUCGAGUAUCAUAUAUUCUGUUUUCUCGAUCUUUCUUCUGUUUCUUUCCAUGCAUGAAUGCCAGGCUCGCGAUAUCGUGCUUGUCCCUAAGGGUGUUGGAGCAACAUUCCAACCUUCCAGCAAGGGUUUGUUACUUGUGGAAAAGUUUAAAACACUUGGAAUGGAUUCCAGUAAAGGAUUCGUUACGAAGGAAGAUGAUGAAGUUGAAAAGGUUCAUGGUGGAGCAAUCACUAGUACGACUACUCAAGACACAAAUGAAACAAAGGACUCAAAGACUCCUCCUCCUCCUGUAAAUGAAGUGAAGUACAAUAGCAGAGGACAAAAAUCAGGGAUGGAACAUGCCGGAAGUGAGAUUCUAGAGUCUCUUGGUCACAUGGUGGGCUUGCUUAGAGCAACAAGUCCUACUACUAAAAAGGAAGCAAGGAGGAGAGCUCUAUCUGGUAAAGAAGCAGUAAAUUACAACACUGAUGACAAAGUAGACGAUAAUGUGGUGCAUACAGAUUACAACCCACCACAUUCGACACCACCCAUUCACAACAGAAAAACUUGAUUACGACCGAUGUGAUCUAGGGUUUAUACAAGUAGAGCUAUGGGCCUAUGGCUACAAGUAUAUCUAGUGCAAACAUAUAUCAUACAUAGAGACAACCAUUUGGUUGCUAAUCUGCUGUUAUGUUUUCUCAUAUCAAAGGGUUCAUCAGAGACUUCAUCGGUUGUAUUAAUACAAAAGUAAGGACACUACCAUAUAUCAAUCA